GCAGACUUGGGAGUGUUUGCUGUACCAACUACCAAGAACGCGCACCAGACCGACCUUCACGCAUAGGGACUAAGGAUGGCAACUUUCGAAAUGAAGAGCAUUCUGAAGGUGUCUAAGCUGAAGUUGGAGAGCUCUACCCAGAGUCACUCCAUCGGGGCGGUGCGAUGGAACCUUCCUGAAGAAGACCUCCAGGCCCACAGCUCAGCCCCUACCAAACCCUCCAAGAGCUGCACCCCCUCCACAUGCCGCUUACGGCAACAUCCUCGUCAAAACGGCCUGAAGAACCUGCGCAGCCUGCAGGAGUGUGUCCGCUUCAUCAACCACUGGAAGGAGCAGGUGGCCGACGUCUGUAAGAGUGGCAGUGAUGCGAGGGAAGGCACCAGUAAAGGAGAGACCCCUGAGGAACUGAAAGACCCAAGAACAGAACGCAGUCUGGAGGAGAGCAGGAAACUCAUUCUGCUGUGGGCCAAUGAGCUCACAAGUGUCGACAAGGAGUUGAAGAAAAGCCCCUGGGUGCAGGAGAGAAGUGAGAAGGUGGAGGAGGAGGAAGAAAACAGGGAUGGAGAGGAGGAUCCUAACGAGGAAGUGCAGCAGAGGAUCAUGGAGUGGGCCAAGGAGCUGCAGAGUGCCUCAGAGAGCUGUGGGGUGCAAAGCGAGGAGCUCGGCAAGGUUCUGCGUCUGCUGGGCCUGAGGAAGAAGAGACUGGUCAACCUCCUGCCCUUACUGGAGUUCAUUACCUGGUCACUGCUAAAAGAGGACUGCAAGGGUGUUAUUGCUCAUCUGUGGCUGUCAGCAAAGCAGCGCACCUGGAAGGCAGGCACUGCAAGAUACAUCCCUAACUCGGUGUGGAACUGGAUGCUCAGUGCAUCAGCUGACGUGACCCUUGACCCCAUGACCAACCACUCAUGGCUUCAGCUCUCCGACGACCACCGAAAGGUCCAGGAGGGCAUAUCCGAGUCCAACCUGCCCUUUAGUCCCCAGCGCUUUGACGCCUGGCCUGGCGUGUUGGGCUGGGAGGGAUACGCCUCUGGACGCCACUACUGGGAGGUUGAAAUAGCCAACAACGGCUACUGGCGGGUGGGCCUGACCACGGCGGGCGCCAAACGCCACGGCCGCUUCCCCAUGAGCCCCCAGAUGGGCUAUUGGACCCUGUGGCGCAGCACCCACCAAUUCUACGCCUGCACCAAGCCUGAGACGCCCCUGCCCCUGGGUCUGGUGGCCCGCCGGUUGGGGAUCUAUCUAGACUAUGAGGAAGGACAGAUCUCCUUCUACAACGCAGCAACCAAGUCACACAUCUAUACAUUUACAGACAACUUCAAGGAGAAGCUGUACCCGGUGUUUUCCCCACUGGACGGGCGCACACUCAUCACCGUCAUCUCGCCGCAUAAGGUCUCUACGUUUUGAAGACAUCAGGUUCCUUUGGUUCGUAGGUUCUCCCCAAACAUCAGCUCUGUUGUUAGCUUAUUUUCCUUUGACUUUCAAUCACUGUCUGAUUUGGACUUGAAAAACCAGGUGUGUCAUCAUGUGCCUCUACGCGCAAGUGUAUGUAUGUGUGUGUGUAAUGAGCAGCUUGCUCCAGUGACAUUCUGUCCGAACUGCACCGUCUGCAGAAACUUACUUCAACAACUUUCUCCCUCAAGGGUUUUCUCCUAAAUCAUUACUUUCCCUCCUUUAUCCUCUCUCUCUCUCUCUCUCUCUCUCUCGCUCUCUCUUUCUCUCGCUCUCUCUCUCUCUCUUUGUCUUUCUCUUUCUCUCUCUCUCUCUCUCUCUUCCCCCGCCCCCUUUUCCUCUUCUCCAGCAUCAAACUAACUGUCCGGCUAAUCAAUAACAUGAAUUAAUCAAGGAAGUGCCAAGAAGAAGAGAAAACAUUAGGAGAAGCAGUUGACACUGACCAUCACAGACUUGGGUUGAGCUUGGGCCCCGUUCCCACAUCAAUCCCUAGCCUUGGCCUAGACACUUCUGGACGGCCCCUUAUAGAUCUGAAAUAACUAAAUGGAUAGAAUCAAAAAGGAAGGCACUUCACACUCUAAUAAAACGUGUGUCUGUUAACACGCACAUUUGACAAGUUAGAUUUAAACAUCAAAUAUUUGAACAGCCCCACGUUUUUAUAACCUUUUUGUAAAAUACUGUAUGUAUAUAAAUUGCAUUAUGACAAUAAAACAGCUAGCUAAAUGGAAGAUGGAAAAUGUACAAUGAGGAGAACUAGUUAUUUUAAAUCCAGUGAUGUAAAGUACUUAAGUAAAAAUACUUUAAAGUAUUCAAGUUGUUUUUUGGGGUAUCUGUAC